UGCAGCCCUGGGAAGGGGCAUUUUUGCAUCCGAAGAAGAACCUGAGACAACCUGGACACAGGGAGCAUGAGUGUCUGGACCUUAGGCACCAAUAUCUUCCUAAGUCUUUGGAGGAUCUAUGUGUCUCCAAGGAGCCCUAGAUGGACGGACUUCAUUCAGCACUUGGGAGUUUGUUGUUUUGUUGCUUUCCUUUCAGCGAUCUUCCUCUCUGUGGCCUUCUACUGGCUUUUGUCAUCAUUCGUGGUGUUCACCACCUCCUGGAUUACCAUGUGUGUCCUGCUCUAUUGCUCCAAGCAUGCACGAUGCUUCACUCUUCUGUUUUUUCUCUCUUGCGGCCUACGUGAAGGCAGGAAGGCUUUAAUUGCGGCAGGCACAGGGAUAGUGAUAUUUGGGCACGUGGAAAAUAUUUUUCACAACUUUAAAGGUCUCCUAGACAGUAUGACUUGCAACCUAAAGGCAAAGAGCUUUUCCAUACAUUAUCCACUUUUGAAAAGAUAUGUUGAAGCCAUUCAGUGGAUUUAUGGCCUUGCCCCUUCACUAAGUCUAUUUGAAAACCUUGUUUCUUGGAAGCACACUCUGGUGGUCUUACUUUCCAGUCCCAGUGAAGCAGUGAAGGCGCAGCUAAACGACACCAGAGGCGAAGUUCUGAGUGUGGUGGACCCCAUGAUGACCACAGCAGAGGUGCUGUCUUCUCUCGGUCAGAGGUUGUUUACUAUCACGGGGCUCUUAUUGGUCUUACUCCGCACGGGCCUCUUCAUGAAACGGUUUUUGGGGCCUCGUGGUUCAAAGUUUGAAAAUAUCUACAUCACUAGACAAUUUGUUCAGUUUGACGAAAGGGAGAGGCUCCAACAGAGGCCCUGUGUCCUCCCUCUGAGUAAGAAGGAACGGAAGACGUAUGUUGUUGUCCCAUCUUUCUGUCUGACUCCUAAGGAAAGGAAAAACCUGGGACUGUUUUUCCUCCCUAUACUUACUCAUCUCUACAUCUGGGUGCUAUUUGCAGCCAUAGAUUAUGUGCUGUAUCGGCUCAUUUUCUCCUUGAGCAAACACUUCCAAAGCCUGCCAGAGCUUAAGGUUCACUUGAAACUGCACACAGAGGAGCAAGGACCCCAAAGCGUUAUCAACGAUUCUUCCUUUUAUAUAUCUCUGUUUGAAUCCAGUUGCAUCCCUAAACCAAAGCUCCUUCUGUCUAAGACUUGGGUUCCUCUCAUUAUUAUUCUUGUGAUACUGGUUGUGCUGGGACUGUUGUCUUCCACCCUGAUGCAACUUAAAAUCCUGGUGUCAACAUCCUUCUACCCAAGUGUGGAGAGGGAACGCAUCCAAUAUCUACAUGCAAAGCUACUGAAGAAAAGAUCAGAGCAGCUACCAGGAGAAGUCAAAAAGAAAAUGAGUCUGUAUCUAACAAAGAUUCACUUCUGGCUUCCAGUCCUGAAAAUGAUGAAGAAUAAACAAAUGGACAUUGCAAGUGAAGACAACCCAUGAGAGACCCCAAGUAGCUCCUCAGCCACACUACAUCAGCAGUUCUUCUCAGGUUUAUCGAUAGUGGUCGCUAUUCAAGUCCAACAAUAGAGAACGAUGUUACAUGUCUAUAUCAGGGGUUUGAGUUUUCAGGGCCACCUUGCAUCACUUGGUUAUGUCUCUGUUCUGCUUUUCUUCCUGAGGCCAAGGGGCUUCCAGGUAACAGUUAUGUGGUUGGUCAUCCAAACAAGAUGCAUCAUCUGGACUAUAUCAGAGGGCAACAGGGCAAGAGCUGGACCCUGUGGUAAUGAGUCUCAGCAUAGAAUAACAUUUAAAGGAAAAAGAAAACAAUUCAAAUAUCUACUGCAGUCUCACAAGCAAAUGCCAAGGGGGAACAUACACAUGUAAUGCCAGCAAAAAACCCAUUGUCAUCAAGUCGAUUCUGACUCAUAGCGACCCUAUAACUUAUCUUUAAACUCUUCUGUUCCUUCUAUGCUAAGUCAGUUAAAAAUGAAGAAAUGAACCUGCUUGACCAGUGGUUCCAAACCUGCACACAAGUCAUAACUCCCUAAGGAGUUCUAAAAAUUACUAGUGCCUGGUCUCACCCUCAGGGACUCUGACUUAGCUGUUCUUGGGUGGGACACAGGCAUUGGCAUUGUUCAAAGCUCCCCGGGGGAUUGUAAACAGCAGCCGGGAUUGAGAACCACCAUUCCAGAGACUUUUACAGAAUCACAGGUCUUUCAAUUCAGGUCUUUGAUGGUGAUAUUUCUCUAACAGAAGAAGCCUACAUUAGAAAUGGGUCUGAAUCAGCAUUUCCCAAAGUGUGUUCCUCAGACUACUAAUCCCUUUAGAUGUUCCAUAGGGAGUUACAUGGAGAACAUUAUGCAGUAAAUUCUCACAAGCAGUCUUCCAACCUUGAAGAUUCAGAAAGCAUGUUGGCAUAAUUCAAAAACUAGGAUAAUUCCUAUAAUAAAGAAAUCUCAUUUAACCUUGUUUCACUCAGAAUUUCCCAAAAUUAUUAAAAACGUAGAACAAUUUUACACGUAAUAACUAUUGACAUUAUGUAGGACUGCUUCUACAGCUUGUAGUCUGGCAAAUGCUAGUAUAAUUGGCAUGAACUUCAAAUGAAAAAGGAUUUGAGAAGGUGAAGAUGCAUUUGUAAUGUUGGCUUAUUUAAAUAUCCUGGUGGCUUUAUCCUUUGUUCUGUUUUCUGAACAAACAAAUGCAGUUGUUAAUAAACUGACACAAUAUGUGAAUUUUUGUAGUUCUUUUGCAUUUAUUUCUCCUACAGAAAAGAGAUUUACCCCACCUUAAGUAAGGCAAAGAAGCAAUUGCUCAAUUUUCAGAGGGAACUAGAUGCUUUUGAUCUUCUAAAUUUCAUUAAUUAACUAACUUACUCAUCUGGCUAACUAACAUCACCAACAUUCACAGCAAACAUUUGAACACAGUCACAUAGAAGGUGCUGGUGAUACUCACUUUGGUCCCUGCCCUUCGGAGGCUUCCAAUCUAGUCAAAGAGAUAGACAGAUGCUGAGACAAAAACACUACGGUAUCAGUACCAGUUGCCAUCAAGUCGACGCCAACUCAUAGAAACUGCAUGUGUGUCAGAGUAGAGCUGUGCUCCAUAGGGCUUUCAGUGGCUGAUUUUUCAGAAGUAGAUAGGCAGACCUUUCUUCCAAGGUGCCUCUGGGUGGGUUGGAACCUCCAACCUUUUGGUUAAUAGUUGAGGACUUGACCAUUUACGCUACCUAGGACUCUGAGAGGUUAGUAAAGCGGUCUUAAUUUUCUUGAAAUCAAAACUACCAUUCUGAAGCAGCAUAAUCUAUGUUGUUUCCAAUUACUUUUAACAGUU